GGAAAUGUUAGUAAAAAACACAGCCAAAGUUGACCCCUAAAAUAUCAUAUUUUUUAAAACAUUGGCAAAGUUACACAAAACAAGUAAAACUUCCAAACCAUAUUUUUUUAAAUUUUAAGAGUUCUUCUUUCCAAUGCUUUUUAAUGAUCAAAAAUUGGUGCAACCCAACCCCGUUUCAAGGCGGGGUUGGGUUGUAGAGGGUUAAUAAAUGUAUUUUUUUUUUUAAUUUUUGGAUUUUUGCAUGGAAAAUUUUAGAAUUACUGAAUGUUAGAAUUUUUAAAUAUUUUUAUAAAAAAAAUCAGUUUUUUUGAUUUUUUUUCCGCUAAUUAAAAAGCUUAUAAUGUUAAAAAAGCCUAACAUUAAAACAUUAUUUUGAAUCAAGUAACUAUUCAUGAGAAAUAUUAACAAUUCGUGUUGUUUACUUCGAAAAUUUUACAAUUUUAAAGGAUUUAGCCAUGUGGCCAUAUUUUAUAAAAUUUAAACGUUAAGGCUCUGGAAGGCAUCAUUCCGACCUUAACCCACUGUGAAAACAAUUCCUUUUUUUCAUCCGACGAAGUGCCACCCGAGCUGAUAUGCUAAGAAAAUGAUGUUAUUCUCGGUCCGGAAAUCAUAUACUACUUUUUCAGUAAAUUACAACUGGGAACUGUAAUAAAACAUAUAAUUUUGCAAUGAAUAAAAAAAACAACUUCUUUGGGGCAACCCAUACAAAGUUGGCCAUAAAAAAAUUCAAUUUCACUUUGUAGUCGUAAGGUAGUAAAUUCUUCAACAUACUUUGGGGAGUCCCCUGCACCAAAGUGUAAUCUGAAAUCCGAUCCACACCUUGCUCUCCCAGUUCUAAUGAAGUGCCCCUCCGACGUCACGAGUGGAAAGAAACCGAAAGAAAAUCACUCCUAAGGAUUCCCUUCGGCCUGGAGUCACGACUGAAAUGGCUGUGCCGCGCCCACACCACCAGAUUCGUUCAAGUCACGAUGGCGUUCGGUCGGGAAUCGGUCACGUUCAAGGGUUCCGCCGGAUUUCGGCGCAUCUCGGACUCGGAUCUGGAGCAGCAGCAGCGGGCCCGGAUCGUGCUGGCCUCGCAGCAAAAGCAGGAUUUUGAUCGUGACGGCGGUUCCGCCAAGAAGUUGUCGCUGUUUUUUGCCAGUUUGUGCGUGAUUGAUUUGUUCGGGGUGUUCCCGAUCGUGGCGCUGCCAAAGUCGAUCAUUUCCUGCGGGUUGUACGGGAUUCCGUUGGUGCUGUUUGUGAUUACGCUGCAGAUUUAUACGGCGACCGUGUUGGGCCGGUGCUGGGUCAUUGCGGAGAAGAUUGAUCCGGGUAUCGUGGACAAGAAUCGUUAUCCGUACGCGGCGAUUGCGGAGUUUACGUACGGACGCCGGAUGGCCAUGUUUGUGACGGUGCUGCUGGACGCGACCGUUUUCGGGGCGAGCAUUCCGAAUCUGCUGGUGGCCUCGCAGAACAUGCAACUGUUGGGAUCGCGCGUGACCGGUGGAGACUUUGAGUUUUCCUUUUGCUACUGGCUGGUGCUGAUUGGGAUGUUUCUCUGUCCAAUCAUGUGGCUGGGAAGCCCCAAAAAUAUGCGGGCACUGGCCAGCGUUUCGGUGGUGGUUUGCACCAGUGUUGCCAUCCUGACGUGGAUUUCCAUUGGGGAGGACAAAGCCCCGGCCGAAGAGUUUGUCCCGUUCAAGGGAUUGGAGGUGUUGGCGGCGCCUUCUUGGAUUAGGUUGCUCAAAGCGUACGGCAUCAUUGCCUUUCAGUUCGAUAUUCAUCCGAUGUUACUGACGAUCCAGGUGGACAUGGAGAAGAAACGAAAGAUCGGCAAAGCUGUCUUCCUAGGCCUUAUGACAACGUGCGGAUUUUCGGCCAUUACGACCAUGCUGGCGGCCUACCGGUACGGGAUGGAUACGACCAACAAUGUGCUGCAGAUACUGCCGAAAAGUUGGUCACUCUACCUGACGAUCCUGCUGGUCACGUUACAGCUGUGUUUGUCCAGCGCGGUGGGGAAUUCGGCGCUGUUUCAGCACAUCGAAGAUCUGCUGGGAGCUUCGCGAGACUUCUCCCUCAAACGCUGCGUCAUCCGGUCGGUGCUCGUCUGGUCGGCGGUCCUCAUCGCCGAACUCCUGCCCCGCUUCGAUGUCGUCAUGGGGAUCAUCGGCGGCACGCUCACCGGUCCGCUGAUCUUCAUUCUGCCGCCACUGUUCUACCAGAAGAUGACCAAGCUGGAGCAGAUCUACUACCAGGAGAUGGGCCGCAUCCAGAGCCGGAACGCCGCCGGGGACGAUGACGAUCCGUUGAUUCCGCCGAGUCCGUACGGUGCGAUCGAGCGACGCGAGAGGACGAGUUCGAUGGAUGGGUCGGAGAACGGGGAGUUUUACGCGCGACUUUGCGAAUGGAUCGAUAGGUUUUGCCGGUUUCUGUACAGCGAUUGUAUUUUGUCGAUUGUGGUUAUUGGGUUUGGCAUUGGGGCCACCCUGGUUUCGACGUACUACAACCUGUUUGACGUGAAGGACAUCGGGACGAUGUUCUGGAAGUCGUGCGCGUCCAAUAUUACGAUCGCCAGUGAUUUGUAAGGUAGUUUUGGAGCGGAAUAAAGAGGAUUUCUCACAUUUUCUAACUAAUCAAGCAACUUUAGCUUGGUUCUGUUUUAAAAUUUGGUGCUUUUAUUACAAAAUGAGCAGUCUUUUGUAGGCGCUGAGUUUAUGUUUUUUUGUUUUAUAAAUCUCUAAAAUAUCUUGUGUUUUCUUACUGUUUCGGCCAAAAGUUAAAAAGAAAUAAAAGUUUGAAUCACUUUC